GCUUCUGAGCGUCAGAUCGCAAGGGGACGCGAGUGUGCGCGCGUCAGCUCCGUCUUCGAGUCUGUCGAAUCCGUUGCCGUUUACCAAUCGCUCGGUUCCGUUUCGCAUUCCGUUUACCUGAGUUUGAAUUUUCGCUUUCGUCGUCGUCGCCGCCACCGCCACAGAUCUGCAUCUCCUAGUGACUGACGCGAUGUCGAUCGAACCACGACCAAUCGAAACGUCCAACGUGUAGACCCGGAAAUCUCGAUACAGUCGGUAUCGCCAAAUUCGGAUCACGCUCGUGAAUUCUCGCGCGAGCACACCCUUCCCUCUCGUCCUGUUCCCUCUUCUCCUUUUUCCACCCCUCCCAAGAGACUCGGCUGCGAGUCUCGUCGUCAUCCCCUCUCCCCACUCCUGUCUAACCGUCCGUCCUUCCGUUCUUCCCUUCUUUCUUUCCUUCAUUGCUUCCUUCCUUCCUUGUUUCCUUCUUUCCUUUCCUUUCCUUUCUUCUUUCCUUAUCUCUUAAAGUGUUAGUCUCUCUCGGUACCGCGGUGUGCGCGCUUUACCAUCGUGCCGUGACACGCGUGCGCGCUUUCAUCAGAUCCCUCUUGCAAACGCUUUCCGCGCUUUUCUUGCUCUCUUCCGUCUUUCUGUGUGCCGUUCCGCGGUAGUGUAUUCUCCCACGAUCGGCGACGACCCGGACACACCGGAGAAAGCUAAAUCGCGCGCGUGUCAGCUAUCGGUUCGCCGCGUGUGUUACUCACGCGUUGUCGGUGACAGAACGUGAACUAACCAGGAGGAAACGGGCGCCGUAAUCAGCGACAUCCACCACGCCGGUGAUAGACCGAUACGUUAGACAUCAAACACGGAACCAGUGAAUCCGGCGGACUCGCACGCGUCCACGGACACGACAGUCCUGAUCUCCAGACCUGGGAAACGGUAUCUACAAAAAAUUUAGUGAAUAGACAUGGACACGUAAAAACCGGCAAACGUAAACAGUGAUCGCUCGUGGUGACGAAUGAUACGCGUCCGACAUCGCGCGGUAUUUUUUACCGGUAACACGGACUGUUACCGACCGAGCUCAUAAAUCGUGAAUCCCAGUACACGGGACACGUGCAAUUCGAUUCCACGCUCGACUAAUACUUUCGCCAGCUCGAGAAGUAUACGCUACCGGUUCGCCCGUGUCAAAUUUUUAAAUACGGAGAAGCCAGCUCAAGGAACGUUGGACGGUGACGAACGUCGGAACUUGGUGCUCCGUUUGCGCCGUUCCGCUCUGUCCGUCUUUGCGUAUCCUGUCGUUCCAUCCGCACCGGUCGCGAUCAUACGCGAACGUUUUGGCAGCGUGUUUGGCUGCGGGGGGUCUCUCGUGUCGUGGCGACCGCGUUCGCGGUAAAUCAGCCAAAAUUAGGGUGAAGAACAGAGAACCGUUGCCAUCCUACGCGAUGGAGAUCAGCGACGAGUAUCAGGACAUGGGGAACCCCGGCGGAGGUGUCGCAAUGGCCAACAUGCCGAUUGUCCAUCAUCGACACACGCCUGAUAGUCCAAUGUUUUCACUAAAACGAAUUGACCGUCUGUCGCAUCAGGAGGAGGAUUUGUCGGACCCGGACCUCCAGGAUGAGGAGAGCGGGGAGGAGUUACCUCAACAACCACUUCAGGGUAACACGCACUCUUCCUCAGACAAUGCGUCCGCGCCGACCAGCACACCUACUCCAUUAACACACUUGAACAGUCUGAUGGGCACGCAUCAUCCGCACUUUCUGGCCAAGCUCAAAAUGGAGAACGACGUGGACGCGUUGAGCAACAAGAGCGGGCUGGAAGCGCUACAAGCCGCGAUGAGCGGUGGCGGGUUCAAUCUGCCGUUCUCGUUCCCGCCGCCGGCUGCGUUCCUAACCCCGCAGCAUCACCCGCAGAACAAUCAUCCGCAGUCGGGCAAUAUGGGCGGGGGCCUGGUCGGCAAUCAGAUGACAUCGUCGGCCAGCUCGCAUUCCAGCGAAUCGUCGCAGGGCAGCGCGAGGAACGGCGGCGAGCCUCGGGACACCAGCAAUCACUUGCAGAACAACUCGACGGGAACGAAUCACCAGCAGCAAACCAGCUGGAGCUUCGAAGAGCAGUUCAAACAGGUGCGUCAGCUGUACGAGAUCAAUGACGACCCGAAAAGGAAAGAGUUCCUUGACGACCUCUUCAGUUACAUGCAGAAACGGGGCACACCGAUCAAUCGACUGCCGAUCAUGGCGAAGUCUGUGCUGGAUCUGUACGAGCUAUACAACCUGGUGAUCGCUCGGGGCGGAUUGGUCGACGUAAUUAACAAGAAGCUCUGGCAGGAAAUCAUCAAAGGCCUCCACCUGCCAUCGAGCAUCACUUCCGCCGCGUUCACUCUGCGCACCCAAUAUAUGAAAUACCUGUAUCCGUACGAGUGUGAGAAGAGACGACUGUCAACACCAGCCGAGCUGCAGGCUGCGAUCGACGGAAAUCGUCGAGAGGGUCGACGCAGCAGUUAUGGUGCAUACGGGGGUGGUGGAGGCGGGAACGACAGUUUGGUGCAGCGAAAUCCACACCCGUCGAAUUCGCUUGCGUUGCACGCUCAAAUGUCGCCGCUGUCGUUGGUGACCGCGGUGGCAGCCGGCGGUCAACACCACGGACCACAGUCACUGGUGAACGGAAGCGCGGCGCACACGCCACUGCCGCAUCAUCCGCACCACCCGCAGCAUCCUCAAGGACCACUGGGACAGCCGCCGAAUGCCGGUCCUAUUCCCGGAAUGGCGCCAUCCGAAUUCGAGGCGCGAAUGGUGGAGUACGUGAAGCUGCUGAACAAGGAGCUGAGGAGCGCGGGCGCUGGCACACCGCCACCGAUGAUCCAUCGGCAAGGCAGCACCACGCCGCCAUCCUCCACACCGCCCAGGGAUGGGGCGUUCAGCGCACUGGAGAUGUCACGGCUCACCCUUUGGAACAUGUACAACAACAACACCCUAUAUCCGGGUGUCGGCCACCAACCGCCCCUCUCGCCGCAGGCCUCGCACUCGCCGGUACCACAGGCAAGCAGCCCUGAACCUCAGAGGGAAGCUCUCGACCUUGGGCUUAGGUCGUCGCCUGUGUCCUCGUCGCCGGCAAGACAAAGUUCACCCUCCUCGGGCGGAAGCCUACAAGUAAAGAGGGAUCCGGACAUAGUCGGCACACCUGGGCCAACACCAGCGAAGAGGCUACUGUCGGAUGAUGACAGCCCAGUUGAAAAGAACUUACCAGCCACCCUGGGCACGCACAUUAAAAUUUCAAAUCGAGGAGACGGGAGGAACGGUGACAAUUCCCUGGUGGUUAGUAUGGAAUUGAACGGAGUGAUGUACCAAGGUGUCCUGUUCGCCCAGACGGACAGCAGAACCGGGAGCAGCACGGCAAGCAACAACAACACGACGAAAUCGUCGCGGAGCGUAGUCUCGUGAACGACGAGCGGCGAAACCAUAAAGUGCAGCUCACGAUGCCCUUUGGACACACAAUCAACAGAUCGCAGCUAUUCAUUUAUAAUUCGACGAUGAUCGUGAUCGGUCCAUGAGGCGGACGAAGCGCGAACGUUUAUUCGCCGAUCAUUAUUCGCAAUUGUACAAAAAUGUCUCAGAUGCGCAGUACUGCUUUUACGAGUAGUCUCGGAUUCGUUUUUUCUUAGAAGGAAGUUGUUCCUUUCAAAAGAUGUCACUUUCAUUCAGAUACGAGAGGUCUUAACCAGGCAACGCUCAGGAGAUCGUUUCAAUUUUAUUUUCGCUUUGCCGCGUUGUAUCGAGAACAUCAAUUCGUGUUUAAGUUUCUCUCAAUCGGUGCGAAAACCGACAAGACACUUCAGGUUUCCUUCGGUAUGGUUUCGAAUACAGUUGAUAUUGUGAUACUAGUUUGCGGCUGAUCACCUGUGCUGGCCCGAUUUCACAUUUCCUGUUUCCGAAACGGGAGCCGCGCGUGUAUGCGUCAGGCACGAUUAUUCAUUCUUCCUUUGGCGACGACGAUACCGGAUGAACGAAGAAACUCACAUGCGGGUGAAGAAUUUCUUCAUCCGCGAUCCAAGAGCGAUUUCCCAUUGCUAGACCAUCGAACGACCCUGCGCUGCGAUGAAAAAUCGAAACGAUCCGCGCGUCCUGGUAGGCUGUCCUGCUUCGACGACUAAUUCGAUCGUUACAUCGUAUGAAUAGUGAUGUACGUGUGAUUCUGAACGUGUGCAAUGAAGGAAAAGAUGUCCCUUGCUUCUCAUCUUUUUAAUCGUGACGAUUCUCAAAGUCUUGCAUUCCUUUCACUCAAGCGACUUUCCAGCAGCGCAACCCGUUUAGGAAUUUGAUGUUUGCACAUCAUUUAUUAAAAAUAAUAUGACAAACGAAACGAGUGAAGAAAGGAAGAAAGGCGAAAGAGACAAUGAGCGAGUGAGAGACAAAUGGAUACAGGAAGCGUUCGGCCGAAUCGAAGCGACGUUUUUUCUCGCGAGUAACGA